AUGCUUUCCAAAGUGGCCCGAUCACAGACCGUGUCUCUGCUUCGCCGGGGGCUUCAUUCUUCAGCGCCUUCUGCUGUUUCUGUUGCCACCAAAAAAACAGUCCAAGGCCCUCCAUCCUCUGACUACAUUUUUGAACGGGAAUCUAAGUAUGGUGCACACAACUACCACCCUCUGCCUGUAGCCCUGGAGAAAGGAAAAGGGAUUUACGUGUGGGAUGUGGAAGGAAGGAAGUACUUUGAUUUCCUGAGCGCUUACAGUGCUGUCAACCAGGGUCACUGCCACCCGAAGAUCGUAGACGCCAUGAAGCAGCAGGCAGAGAAGCUGACCUUAACCUCCAGGGCUUUCUACAAUGAUGUGCUUGGAGAAUAUGAAGAGUACAUCACUAAGCUUUUCAAUUACCACAAAGUGCUGCCCAUGAAUACAGGUGUGGAGGCCGGAGAGACAGCCUGCAAACUCGCUCGGAAAUGGGCUUACACGGUCAAGGGCGUGCCCAAGUACAAAGCAAAGAUCAUUUUUGCAGCUGGAAACUUCUGGGGUAGAACAAUGUCUGCCAUCUCCAGUUCCACAGACCCAACCAGCUACGAUGGAUUCGGACCCUUCAUGCCGGGUUUUGAAAUCAUCCCCUACAAUGACCUGCCUGCCCUCGAGCGUGCUCUCCAGGACCCCAGUGUGGCCGCAUUCAUGGUGGAGCCCAUCCAGGGCGAAGCGGGCGUCGUCAUCCCGGACCAGGGCUACCUCCAGGGCGUGCGGGAACUCUGCACCCAGCACCAGGUUCUCUUCAUCGCUGAUGAAGUCCAGACAGGCUUGGCCAGAACUGGCCGGUGGCUGGCUGUCGAUUAUGAAGACGUGAGGCCUGAUGUGAUUCUGCUUGGCAAGGCCCUCUCCGGGGGCUUGUACCCUGUCUCCGCCGUGCUGUGUGACGAUGAGGUCAUGCUCUCCAUCAAACCCGGGGAGCACGGCUCCACCUAUGGCGGGAACCCCCUCGGCUGCCGCGUGGCCAUCGCAGCCCUUGAGGUCUUGGAGGAGGAGAAUCUGACUGAAAACGCGUAUAGAAUGGGUGUCCUCUUGAGACGUGAACUCAUGAAGCUGCCUUCUGAUGUGGUUACUGCCGUCCGAGGAAAAGGGUUACUGAAUGCCAUCCUUCUGGCCAAGCCGACCCACGGUGAUAUCAUCCGGCUGGCGCCUCCACUGGUGAUCAAGGAGGACGAGAUCCUGGAGGCCGUGGAGAUUAUCCACAAGACCAUCCUGUCUUUCUGA